UGCCACGGAGGCGGUGGUGCACAACCACUGCCGCACCCAAUUUCAGAAUUGCCCUUGCGGCCCGCUAUAUUUGUAUUUGUACUACGUAGCAUCCAUCUUCAGACAUGCCACCAAUCCCCACGCUAGAUCCUGAAGCUGUUUCUCUAAUCGAUUCCAUUGAACGGCACCACAACGACCUUUCUACCUUACAGAUUCCUCGUCUGAGGGCUUGUACGGGUCCUUUGAUCGCGCAACAAGCAUGUGCUGCGGAAGUAAGGGAGGACAUCGAAGGUCUGGCGAGGCAAAUUGAGGUAUUUCAGUUCACACUUCAAAGACUGAACCGGCGAGGAGAACUGAGGAGAAGAGUUCAAAGUUUUCGUGAUUUAUUCACCAAUUUACGCAAAAACUCUCGAGCAGCAGUACUAGCGUCCAAACACGCAAUCGACUCCAAAAGUCGGUCACAGCGAGAGGAGUUGUUGAGGUCCCCGCAGAAAAGUACAAGUUCUUCAAGCGGAAAAAUCACCGAAGACGUCAUGAAAGCCAACCAUGAUGUCACCGAAGCGCUUCAACGAACCAUUGGACUGAUGCAGAAAGAGCUUGAGCGCAGUGUUAUGUCUUGUCAACUACUAGAGUCAUCCACCGCAACUAUCCAAUCCGUAUCCAUAACGCACGACAGGCUCGAUUAUAUCCUGGGCACUUCCAAACAACUCAUCACCGCGCUCGAAAAGACAGACUGGGUCGACCGCGUCCUCAUUAUUUCCGGCCUCGUGUUUUUUGGCCUCGUGGUCCUCUUUAUCGCCAAGCAGCGCAUCAUUGACCGGGGGCUACGUAUCGCUUUGUUCUGGAUGAGAUUAUUGCCAGGCCUUGGCUCGAGUACGCGCGGGGUGGUGCAGAAGACUGGGGAGGCUGUGACGACUGUGUCGGCCGCCACUACUGGUUUGAAUGCAAACCACGUAGUGGAGGAUGUCUCAUCUGGUAUUUGAAUAAAUGCAUGCGAUGUUACCUUCAUCAUUGUACGAGCGGCGGUAUUAUGUGCGGUAAGACACCUCUUUACCCUUGUUUUCUCUAUACCAAACCAUAUCAUGUGCAACUAAGACCUGGACUGGGUCUGUCCCAGACGAGCAUCGUUCUCUCCGCGAUAUGGAAUCUGGAUAUAUCUUCUGGGUUGGUAUUCCCCGACGUAGCCGAAACAUUUGUCCAAGAAUCUUAAAUUACGAUCCAGUAGUUGAAGGUCAAGCUUCCGUCAAGGCAUGAUUUGCGUUCG